UGCAGAGAUUCUUCAGGCAGGCUGGGGACAGCAGCGUUUCUGGAGGCAACGUGCUGUAUGCCUGCUCGCGGUAUGUGCCUGACAGGCAAAGUAACAGUCUUCUGUGAGACGUGGAGCCUCUCUGAGAUUUCUUGCAGCUCUUGACUGGCGUUUUCCUUCUGGGAGGAGGGUCUUUACAGUAGGUUUCACUGAACAGCGCACAGGGCUGGGCUGCAAGAGCAGGAAGGCAGGAUGUUAUCGAGACCAAAGCCUGGGGAGUCUGAGGCAGACCUGCUGCACUUUCAAAACCAGUUCCUGGCAGCCAGAGCUUCACCUGCAGUGAAGAUUGUGAAGAAAGCCGACAAGAGGAAGGGGGAGGAAGGGAGCGCAGAUGCUGAGAGACCCUGGCUACAAGACAGCAAGGAUGUAGUCAUGUUGGAUGAUUUUCCUGAUAUUCUCCCAGCUCUAACUCCAGCUCCUCCAAAAAAGUCCAGGAUCAAAAGUGCCUCUGUCCACUUUGAAGAUGAAGAUGCAGAGGAACGACUGGAGAGACAUGAUCAACACAUUACAGCAGUCUUCAGCAAAAUUAUUGAACGAGACACAAGUGCAGUAGCAGUGACUAUACCAGUGCCCACAGGAGACCCGUUUCCAAAGACGUUUCACCGCUCUGAGAUAAAAAGUGAGGUGAAGGUGGGAUCUGGAAGAAAAAGCAUCUUUGCACAAAAGAUGGCAGCGAGAAGAGCUGCUGAAAAGGCAGCAACGUCUCCCUCUGCUGCCGAGUGCGUGCAAACAAGAUCAGCUGUGCCGGAUGCCCUGGAUCCCGAGGGAUCAGCGGGACAGGCACCUCUCCCCAGCAUCGGGGGUGAUAAAGCUGGUGACAUUUUGACCUCUCAGUGGCCUUGUCUCAUAACGGGAGAGGGUCUUGGAAGCCAAAAGAGUGAGCAGGAAGCUCAAGCUAUUCAUAGAGAGAACUUGGAGAAGCUGCGGUCCAUGUCUGAGGAAGAGAUCCUGCAGGAGCAGGAAAGGCUUCUGGCUCAGCUGGAUUCCAGUUUAGUUGCUUUCUUAAAGUCACGACGUGGUGGCAAUGAAGGCCAGAAAAAGGAAUUAAAAAUGGAACAGAACAGACUGGAGGAGUUUGUGGAAUCUCUGCCUGUGGCUCAGCAUGGUGUAGGAUCAUCUCUUUCCAUGCAGGAGUCAGGUCUGAAAGAAUCUGUAAAGAAGGAAGAAAACGUGAAGGUAGAAAUCACAGAUGAUGAUGAUCUGCCUGUGAAGCCCAAAAAGGAAUGGAUUCACAUGGACAAUGUGGAAUUUGAGAAGCUGGAAUGGAUGAAAGAUUUGCCCUCACCCCGACAGAAGAAAACCCAAAAGGGAAUGCAAGCUCGAUUCAGUUUAAAAGGAGAAUUGAUUCCUGCAGAUGCUGAUUUACCAACACAUCUAGGCCUGCAUCACCAUGGAGAAGAGGCAGAGAGGGCUGGUUAUUCUCUGCAGGAGCUCUUUCAUUUGUCUCGCAGCCAAGUUACUCAACAAAGGACGCUGGCUCUACAGGUUUUGGGUCGUAUUGUUCAAAAGGCCAGGGCUGGAGAGUUUGCUUCCUCCUUGAAGGGCAGCAUUCUGCGUCUGCUGCUUGAUGCUGGGUUUCUCUUCUUGCUGCGCUUCUCACUGGAUGAUACAGUGGAUAAUGUCAUGGCAGCAUCUGUUGGUGCUCUUCGGGCUCUGUUGGUGUCACUUGAUGAUGAGAAAUACCUUGAUUGGACUUUCUCAUGGUAUCAAGGGAUGGCUGCAUUCCCUUUUGUCCCCAACAAUGAGGAGGAGGAGGAGGAAGAGGAAGAAUUAAAUGUAACAGCGAAGUCUCAAGACAAAAAAUUAAAGGAUGAAAACAAGCCAGAUCCAGAUGUGGCCCGAUAUGAUGUUGUAAAGGGACUUUUGAAGACACGGAUCCAGCACCGGCUGAGGUACAUUCUGGAGGUUGUACGACCUGUUCCCACAGUAGUGCUGGAUAUACUGCACAUCCUCACCCACAUAGCCAGGCACUCCUCUGAAGCUUGCAGCCAGCUGCUUGACUGUCCUCGGUUGAUUGAGACCAUUGUCAGGGAAUUUCUCCCUACUCAGUGGGAUCCCCAGGUGGCUGAACCAGGGUGUUUACUCAUCAGCCUCCAUGGAGUUGCUUGCGCCACUGCUAUGAAGUUCAUCAGAGUGUUGGCAUCUGGAGGCCGGAAUGCAACAGCCAGGCUGCUUAACAAAUUUGAAAUGAAAAGUCGGUUAAGUCGAUUUGUAGCUGAAGACCCACUGGAUCUGCCUCUGCCAAGGGAAGAAGCCAUCAGGCUAAGCACUGAAGCCUUCCGUCUCUGGGCUGUGGCUGCUGGCUAUGGUCAGGCCUGUGAUCUCUACAGGGAUCUCUACCCCGUGCUGGUGAGGAUACUGCAGUCCCUGCCUGAGUUGCUCAGCACUUGCCGUGGGAAGAGCCCCCUGACUGAGUUGUCUGUCCAGCGAGCGACAGCAGUAGUUACUCUGCUGAUACAUGUGACGCAAACAGCAGGCUACACGGUGGAGCUGCAGGCCAAGCUGAGUAGUAAUAGCUCAGAAGAUAGUGAACAGAUUCCACCUCCUCCAGUAGUGUGGAAUCAAGUGUCAGGCUUACAGCCCUUCCUUGAGACCAGUCUGAAGAAAUUCCUCCAGGAGAUAUCCCAGACAGAAACUUGGCACACUCUCCAGCCUCUGACCACAACUUACAUGAUCUACUUGGGAGUUUAUUACAGUGCUUGCAGCCAACAGCCAUCAGUCAAUCCAAUUGACUGCUUAGAGGAACUGGAACGUUUGACAUCCGAGGUGAUGCAGCCCCUUCUCAGCCAGCCAGCCAUACACAGCAUGUGGGACUUGCUCAGGCCAUGUUCUGCUUUGUGCAACCCUCUGUCCUGUUCCCCAGCACCAGAAUCUGUCUUCAGCAUUGCGUCUCUGAGUUGCACUGGAGGCAAACCUCCUUUGAGCCUGGUUGGCUCAAAGUCACCUUUCCCCUUCCUCACUGCCCUCCUGUUUCUCAUCAAUAGCAUCACUCACAUUCACAAAGGCCUGACCAGCAAGUACAGCUCUGUGCUGGGCUUCAGAGGCUUGAAGGAUUAUCUGCAUCACAGCUGGCAGACUGGACCUCCCUCUGUAACUCCCUCAUCUGCGUGGAUCCUGCGCCAUGAAUAUCAUCUGCAGUACUUUGUGUUAGCGUUGGCUCGGAGAAUGGCAGGCACUUGUCCGGAUUACGCCCAGCAUGCCUCACUCCAUCACUGUGUUGCCAUGGCAUUGCUAAGCUGUCUGUUGCCAGGGAGUGAGCAUCUGGUUUAUGAGGUUUUACUGGAUCUUGCCUUUAAUCCAGAGUUUCUUCCUGAAGGGAAAGCUGGAGGGCCAGAAGCAGCUGACUUCUCUGAUAUCCUGCAUCUGGGUACCAGUGCCAAACUGGCACAGCCUGGCUCUGCAGCAGCAUUUUUUUCAAAGGCUACUCGUGGUGCCCUGCUGAGAGAAUCCUACCAGAAUCUGCCUUUCAUCCGCUCCUGCUACCUUUCUCAUUUUGUCCAUUUGCAGCCUACCCUUAUGCGUUCCCAAGCAUCCUACCAAGGACGGAAUUACCUUAUCCAGUCAAUGCUUCUUCCUGAGGUCAGAGGGCCCAUCCUGCCUUCAGACUGGCCGUUCUUUCCGCUUAUCAGCCUCUACAACAAAGUGACAAAUGCAGAGACACGUGGGGCUGUACUGAACUCUCUCCCACUUGAUCUUGUCAACACUGUGACCGGGAACCUGCAGUGGGUCUUGUUACUAGAAACCUGGCGUGCUAAAACUCUUCAGAGCAUCCCUACUGCUGCCAAACUUGCACGGCUCAUGUGUGUGUUCCUCACAGGCAGUGAUCUCUUUCUAGAAGCACCGAUCCACCACUACACGGCUGCCGUUCUCUCUGUGUAUUGCCAGCCCAAGGCAUUGGACUCCCUGAACUUGGAUGCUCCUCUCCCUGGUUUGGCAUCCUUCCACGAUCUCUAUAUAAGUCUCCUAGAGCAGUUUGAAGGUGUCUCCUUUGGAGAUCCACUCUUUGGAGUCUUUGUUCUUCUACCUCUACAGAAGCGUUUCAGUGUUCAUCUGCGUCUCGCUGUUUUUGGGGAGCACACAAGUGUCUUGCAUGCGCUGGGUGUGCCGCUCCAGCAGUUUCCUGUGCCUCUCGAGCGGUACACUUCCCCUCCUGAGGAUAACCUGAACCUCCUGCGACUCUACUUCCGAACACUGGUCACUGGUGCCCUGCGCCACGCCUGGUGCCCUGUUCUUUACGUGGUGGCUGUGGCUCAUGUGAACAGCUUUAUUUUCUCCCAAGACAGCACAACGCAGGAGACUGAUGCUGCUCGGAAAAGCAUGCUGCGGAAGACGUGGCUGUUGGUGGAUGAGACCUUGAAAAAGCACCUACUCUACUACAGACUGCUGAACGCAGAGAGCGCUUUGGGGUUUGACCUUUAUGAACAGCUCCCUCCCGUGCGACUGAAGUACCUGCAGAUGGUCACACAGAAAGAAAAUAAGGAGAAUGCACCAGCACUAGUCUCAUAGUGAAACACUUGUGUGAGAGGACGGCCAAGGUGAAGAAUGGAUGAGCCAAGUUUAUGCUUCACUGAUGAAACUACAUGCACUCCAGACCGUUUCAGUGUCUUACCUGGACACUCUUGGCAUCUUUGCGAAGUGAAGCACUAGUAGAACGCUCCCUGCCCCAUGGAACUACACAUCUUCUCAAGAUAUGACAGUAUGUGUGUGUGGCCUCUCUGUGAAUGCUGGAGCAUUUUUCUCCAUUCCCUUUCAGGUGGUUCUGCUUCUCCCUGGAGGUGAGAAUGUGUCUGAAAUGCACUAAACUGUUGAAUAAACUGAAGGAAGUGGAAAAGCUAUUUUGUUCAGUCAGCUGGAGCCUGUGUGUUCUGAAGAUUAAGUCUUUCUUCCCCUGAUCUUUCCCUUGCUUUUUUUGUACCUGGAAUCUUGAAUGGUCUUUUCCCCACACUGUCCCCUGCAAACAAAAUGAAAGUACACAGGGAAGAAGCUGAUCCCAAGAGCUGCUUUUUAAAAAAUAUAUAUACAAAUAGUUUCUCUGGGACAGUGUUCUGUGCACGCAGUCAGUCACACAAAUGUAUUGUGUCAGACCUCUAAGGGAAAAUAGUUCCCAGUGCAGUGGUACAAACACUGGAUAUCCUCCCUUGGCUGUUUCUUGGAUAGUCUUUGAACUGCUUUAUUUUCUCCCUUAAUUUGGUUACGUGCAUAACAAGAUCAAAAAUAAUUUCUUUGCGGGGCAGGAUGCUUGGCAGUAACCAUUCCCCAUUAGAGAAAAAAGUGUCUGCUUGUUUAACUAGAAAAAAUAUUGGUUGCCCUCUGAAAGAGAGGAAUGUAAUUUAAAUUUUAAAGUGAAGUUCCUAAGCUUAAACCUAAUUUUAAAAAUUCCUAACUUUAUCCCACUUCUACAUCCAAAUUCUAUAUUGCAGCCUCAGACAAGAAGGGGUACAAAUACAGUGCCCUAAAAGGCUCAUCACAAGAGUCAGGUCAAGUCUAGAGUUUACCCUAGGUGUGCUCUCAUUGGGUAUUUCAUUUAUAGCCAAUAAUUUCUGCAGAACUACAGUUGCAGCCUAGCCUGAAGACCUAAGCCUCUCUCUCCCUGUGAAACAGGCCAAGCUAGCUUCCCUCUAAAGAAAUCGUUCCUGUAUUAACCUUUCUUCAGUGAAUGUCCUAAUAAGAGUGUGAAAGACUGUUAAUAGGCCAGCUUGUAAUUGUUGAAAUUGUUCCAGACAAGAAACAAAUUCCAGCUAGCAACUUUAUGGCUGAAGUGCUGUCUUUGCAUUGGCAGUUUUCUAAAUGUACCAUUCUCCCUUAGGUUGCCAGAAAACAUACUGUUUCAUCUUUUCCCCCCUUAUUUUAGCUAGGACAUGGGCAGAACUGAUCUUUCAUUUUAAUCUCCACACUGCCCCCCAUCACCCCCAAUUGCAGCUCUUGAUCUGUGGUUUCUCUGUGCUGCAGAUCAAUGGCACACAAAGAAAAGCACAGUAGUCAACAUGGGUUUUUUUGUUGUUAAUUAUUUUAAAAGUACUGGAUGUGAUUAAACGUUUAAUCAAAGGCAUUCAAGUUUCUAUUCUGUCUAAUGGUGAGAGCCCAGCAGUUGCCUUUCAGGAUCAAUGGAUGGUAAAAUUUAAGGACUCCUAGCUGCCCAUUUAAGAGCAGCCUUCAUCAAGGACUUUGCCUUUUGCUUUUCAGACCUCCAGUUAUAAAAACUCUUCCAGUCCUUUGUGUGAUGCAAAGUUGAGUUUUGUAAUGUGUACAGGGUGUAAAUAAAUAUUUUUGGUAGCUCUGCAGGGGUCUUUUUGAACUAUGAGAAUGCUCUCCUUUAUUUAAAUCUUUCUUGAAUUUGUGUGGUUCUGUUUGUAAUUUAUCAACACCUUGGGAAUGCAACUGCUAUGAGGAAAUCCACUAAUCUUUGGAGCUCUCUAGGAGAGCUCUUCAAGCCAAAGACAUCAUCCUGCUUGUGUGGUGGGUCAGUAACACAGGGUAGCAAAUGCUGUGUGUGCUUGGGGAGGGUGCAGGGUGGAUAUUAUGUGAUUUGUUAUGUGCCACAGGUGGGAAGACUGUAAAUAGAACUGUGUGCAGAUGGCGUUUGUAGGUGAUGAGAGAGGAGGUGGAUUUCAUUUAUUUUGUGAACUCUGGGAAGGAAAGGAUCAGGCUUUUGCCUGAUUCUCAAAAGCCCCUCUUGUUCCCAAAUGUUCCUUAAGCCAUCAGUGUGUGCUCGGAAAAUACUACAUCUCUUGACAUGAAAUUCUGAUGCAAGCAUCAGCAACAGAGGGAAGGAAAGGAAGGGAUUCCAAAUAAUUCUACAGGUCACUGUUGUGUGCACAACAUCCUAAGGAAGCUGCAUGUGAGCUGUAAGCUUUUAAAAUGUGGCAGUCACUUGAGUUUAGGAUUGCUAUACCAUCUUCAUUUUUUUUUUAAGAGCCUUCUGCCAGAUUUCUCUGCAGAACACUAGAGGGCAUUGCUUUAUCUAGUUUAAAUGCAGACUUUCUGUGCUCAGCAUCAUCGGGACUUAAAAAACACCAAGAAACAUCCAACCCUUAAACCUGGUUUGAAUUUUCUGCAUUUUUUAUCUUUGCAUAUAUUUUUGGAGGAAGGGUGGAGAAUUAAAUAUUUUUUGAUGUGAUUGGUUGCUAAGAAUUGUUCAGUGUUUUAACAGCAGGAGCAUUUUGGAAAAAUCCUGAUAGAGUGAAUGGAAGCUUAAAACUUAAUGCAGUCUGCAGCAGGACCACAAUGUGCUAGUUCUGUUAAUGCAGUUUAAUCCUGAUCAGAGUAAAUGAGGAGAUGAAUAAAAUUAAAACAGUCCUAAAAGUUGAUGUGACUUCUUAACUCUGUAUCAAAAGCUUAAGAUUUCUUGAGAAGAAAAUAAUUCUGCUGAAAUAAGACCCACAAAUAGGUUUAUGGG